GCAUUAAGAGGAAUGUUGCCUCAUAAUAACAACACAAUACAUGCAUUUGAGGAAUAGGAUCCAAAAUAAUAUUUUGGAGGUAGAUAAAACUGAUUUCCAUUUAUUGUCUUCAUUCAAAACUACAAUAACAGACAAAUUCUGAAUCUGAACUAAUGCUGAUAUGGUUCACAAAAUGUCCUUUUAAUUGUACAAAGUUGUGUGAUUUUUUUAGAAAUAGUUUUAUUUUGUGUCACUUGUGAAAUAUUACUCCUCGAUGGAGUAUUUGUUUUAGGUGGUAUGAUGAGCAAAAACCACAUGCAUUCCCUUUGAGACAGCAGCUAAUUACCAGUUUUCUCACAUCUCUCCUGGGGCUCUUUAUUAAAAUGCAGAAAGAAUUUGGUAACGGGCACUCUCACCCUGCUCCUGACUCAUACCCCCAACCUUGGAAAACUACUUUAACACAACAAAGAAAUAUGAAUAUUCAAAGUGGCUACAGGGAGUAUGAUGAAGCUCCCAAACUGAAACAUAGAUUAAGUCAGCUGAAAGAAAACUUCUAAAUGCUUAACUAUGACUAAGAGGGGGGAAUUCAGUCUUUAUUUUCUGAUAAAUUAAGUCACUUGAGAAAUGAGUUUAGAUGUAGCAUAGAAAUGGUCUAAUCCCUUAUACUUUUCUAAUCUGAAGACAAACUUAAAUUCUGUCUUUUCAGUUUAUGUUUAAAAACCAAAAUAUAAGUAGAUUAGCUGAUUUUUAGUGUUGCUGGCUACCAUUUUCCACUGUCAGCAGGAGAAACAAGAAUUCCAAUGAAGUUUUUUGUGCUCCUUCUUUACAAAUAUUAGCCUGCUACAUUAAGAUACAUUUUGACCGCACGCACUCAAUCUGUAAGACUGGGCAAACAGGUGCAACAACUAGCAGCAUGGUGUGAUGACCUGUGUGGAUGUCCGCAGGUCAGGUUAUCACCACACACAUACACCACUCUAUGUCAAUGGCGAGGCAGUGGAGAGAGUGGCUAGUGUUAAAUUUCUAGGCCUAGAUUGACAGAGGGCCUGAGCUGGGCCGCCAACACUGAGGCUGUGCUCGGGAAGGUCCUACAACACCUCUACGUCCUGAGGAAACUCAGGAGAGCCAACUUGCUCCAGAAACUCCUGGUUAGCCUGUCAGUGUGGUUCAGCAGCACCAAGGCAGAGCAGCACUCUGCAGAACGUCAUCAAGAUAGCUGGGAAAAUCAUAGGGACACAGCUCCUGGACAUUAUCUCCAUCUACUCCUCCCACUGUCUCUAUCGAUCCCUCAGGAUCAUCAAUGAUCCAUCACAUCCAGCACACCACCUCUUUGACCUCCUUCCCUCGGGAAGGCACUACAGGUCACUGAGAUCCAGUACCACCAGGAUGGCCAACAGCUUCUUCCCACAGGCAGUCAGACUGGUGAACAAAACCUCCCCACUACCUCUCCCCUGGCCCCUCCCCUCCCACAGUAAAACAUUUACAAUACUACUAAUAAUAACAUACAAUUUCCCAUGAUCACCUUGCAUAUUGUGUAUGCCAUUUCUGCCUCCCAUAUUCUGUUGCAUACUGUGUAUGUCACUUGUCUGCCUCACCUUUGCCCCAAGCUGCUGCUCCUGCACAUAUGUUAUAUUACUUACUGUUACUUACUUUUAAUUAUUUUUAAUUACACUUAAAAAUAUUUAAAAUUUGAUUUAUUUUUAUUUCUCUUAUUCAAAAAAUGUGGACUUUACUGCACUACACUGCCUUGAAGCUGCCUUGCUGUCUCGUUGUCAUGCACACUGUCCAAUAACAAUAACAAUAACAAUAAAGUUCUUGACUUGGCUCUUGACUUGAAAUGAAAUCAUGGUUCAAAAGUUCACACUCUUCUUACUAUUCUCAGACCAUCAUCUUGAUCUUAAGUAAGCUUGGAUUUAUGGGGUGUUCAAAGUUCAGAAUUCCAGUUCACCUCUUUUUAAAAAAAAAUCUGCUGUUCUGCAGGCAAGCUGUGGAGGAGACGGACAGUGAUCCAGGCUCCUCAGGGUGACGGGAGACCAUGUCCAUCCCAGAUGCAGCAGUGGAAGCCUUGUCUAGUGAAACCUUGCUACAGAUGGAGAUACAGCACCUGGUCUGAGUGCAGGUCUGAGGGGGCAAAGUGUGGGGAAGGCCUGCGCUUCAGGAACGUGUCAUGUUUUGUGUCAGAUGGUUCAGGUCAGCAGGACAGCAGCCUGGUGGAUGAUGAAUUAUGUGGAGACCUGGAGCCCUCAGUGGAUGGAGAUACACACAUUGUUCUUCAGGAACAAUGUACUGUACCCUGCCCAGGAGAGUGCUACCUGAAGGACUGGACUGUUUGGAGUGCAUGCCAGCUAAGCUGUGUGAGUGGGGAUGACCUGGGUUUCGGCUCAGUCCAGGUUCGAUCCAGAGCCGUGGUGGCCCAGGAUCCAGAGAACCUGCUGCAGUGUCCAGAACAGGAGCUAGAGGCACGGCCAUGCACAGAUGGACAGUGUUUUGAAUACAAGUGGAAGACUGGACCAUGGAGAGGUUCAUCUCGCCAAGUCUGGUGUCAGCGCUCAGAUGGACUAAAUGUCACAGGUGGUUGUCCGGCAACUGUCAAGCCAAUGGCUGACCGAUCCUGUGACCCGCCCUGCACCAAGCCACGUUCUCUCUGCACAGAGGUGGGUGUAUGUGGCUGUGAAGAGGGCUAUACUGAAGUGAUGACCUCUGAUGGCCUGCUGGACCAGUGUACUGUCAUCCCAGUGCUGGAGAUCCCUACUGUAGGUGACAACAAGGCUGAUGUCAAGACAAUCCGAGCCUUUAACCCCACCCAGCCCGCAGUCAGCACACCAAACAGGGUGGGACGCACAUGGUUCCUGCAGCCCUUUGGUCCAGAUGGGAAGCUGAAGACCUGGGUGUAUGGAGUAGCAGCAGGAGCUUUUGUUCUGCUCGUCUUUAUAAUCUCCAUGACAUAUUUAGCAUGCAAAAAGCCAAAGAAGCCACAGCGACGACAAAUGAACAACAGACUGAAGCCGCUGACUCUGGCCUAUGAUGGAGACGCCGAUAUGUAGAAGUCUUCCUGCUGACCACACUGACCUACAGACAUUCGUAGUACUACAGGGCACAUGGGGUUGCUAUGGAAACCCCUUGAUGUCAGGGCUGCCGUUGGGCAUUUUUCAGCCAACAUGCAGACACCUUGGGAAGAUGAUUUUAAUGGAAAGAGAAACCUCAGAGAUCAAGACACUGAAUCCAUGUCCAUGAGCAGCCUUGAUGUUACUGUCCUCUUUUUUUGAUCUCCAUUUUGAUACUUUGUUUCACAAGAGCCUUCAUGAAUUCUUUAUCUUCUUUUGGAAGUCUGCCUUUGCUUCUCUGCCAUCUACUGCCAGUAACAUUCAAACCAUGGUUGUUGGAUAGGGUCAUCUAAAAACAUUAUGCUCUAAAAGCACAAAUCUUCAUUUGUCUUUUUGUUAUUUUUGUCACAGCUGAGUGGGGUAAUCUCUGUAUAACACUCAAUUCUCGGUCCCAUUCACAACAUUCAGAACCCUCAGUGUCAAUAUGGUCUUGGUCCAUCUCAUGAAAAAAACAUAAAACCAGAGAAAAAACUAUAAUGAAUCCCAGAGCCACCAUCACUUCUGCCUGCCUAUCCUUUCUCAGCUUUUCAGGCAUAAUUUUGCACUAUAUUAGUGCAGCAUGAUAUGUUCUUAUGUCUAGCUUCACCAUAGGAAACUGCCUCAAUACAAGAUGGUGUACAGUCUUGUCCUAGAAAUGUAAAAAAGUAGACUUUUUGCAAACAGAACUUACCAAUGUUUGUUAAUAUUUUUCUUCUAUUACCUCUUGUAUGUGAUAUGAUGGGACUCAAUGUAAAUACGAUUUUUUUGUGGUCUCAACUUUACCUUUCUAGUAUGUACAGCUACGUGUCCCAAGCUCUGCCUGAGUUAAUUUAUUCUCUGAUGAUUUUUUUGACAGCUGAAUUUUUACUUUUGUAAAUGAUUGAUAAGCAUCACUGUCAUCGAUUCAGACAGCAUGAGAAACCUCAACCAUUGUCAAACUCUGUAGCUGUGACAUGGGGGGAAAAAAGAGGAAACAAACCUAAACAUGAAAGAUAAGUUAAUAUUGCAUCUUGACUCCCAAGUAUUUAGGUGGGUGAGGAUGAUUAGGGCCUGUGACAUUAAAGUUUGGAGAUGAAUCUAAGUAUACUCAAAGGUGGAGUCCAUCCAAACAUGUUCUUAUCAAAGACUUAUAACUAAGGGUUAGUAAAUUAGUAAAAUGUUUUGGUUUUUUUUUACUAUUAAUGAGGACAUUAGUUCAAACUUAUAAAGCCUUAAUGAACGUUGACUGCUGUGACUUUUUCCCCCAAAACAUCCUCUAUACAAGUUUGGUUAUUUAUUUAUUUUGAAUUCACACAGGUAUUUGAGAUGUUCUGUCUUUACUAACUUACAUUGUGCUCAAAUCCAGUCUAAUGUUGUUUACUGUACCACACCAAGAAACUAUUCUGUGUAGAUUUUCCUGGAGGAGGUUUCUCCCCAUUCACAGCUACAGAGAAACAGUCGAAAAAAACCUGAAGGACUCACUUCUGUCUUACAGGUUUUAUUCAUCCAUUCAUGUUUCAUGAGAUUCAUCUAAGUGAACUUAUGUCAUGUAUCCCAGAGAGACACUGUGGAUGAACAGUUGCUGUGGUCUCCCCGUUUUAAAAAGCUUUCAGCCCAAACUGUAUCACUCUGGGUGACUUUGGUAUUUCAUGAUUGUGUAAAAUCCUAUCCAGGAACUUUUCUACUGAUAAAAGUAUUAUAUAGGAAUGUACAUACAGUGCAGACUAAUGCUACUGCCUGAUGUAAGCUAAAAGCCCAGUCACCCAAAGUUAACAGUGUUAUUAUUUGUUAGUACUGAGACAUCAUGUCAUUGCCAGAGAAUGACAGUUUAAUAAUCUGUGGAGUUUGUUGCUAGUAAAUUAACAGAAUGUUUAAUUUAUAUUUCUUGGAAUAUGAGUUGUAAAUAAAGUACUAAAUAUUUCUUUUUUUAAUUUAUUGUUCAUGUACCAUAUUAUGUUUCUUUUUUACUGAACAAGAUGUUAUGCAUAAUGAAAAAGAAGAAAAAACUGGAGGCGUGAAUGUGGGUGCGCAAAAAGCAAUGUUGAUAACCUUGUGAACAACAAAGUUGCAGAUGAACCUGCCCUUUUCCUACUCUUUGUUUAUAUGUAUUUGACUAAUUGCUAAUAAUAAACAAAGGAAAGAUUUCAAA